GGGUAUGUCGGGAGUGCACUUUUUGCUUGAAAAACAUUUUCUAGUGGAGAAUCUAAUUUUGGCCCAAUUAAAGAAAGGAGAGGGGGAGGGUUCUCAAAAAGGAUUCCAUUUUUUCUCUCGUAAAAGAGAACCAACCCCCCUUUCUCCUUCAAGACAGGCCAAAACUAUCAUAAAAAUAAAUGCUAUCUCUGUUCAUUUUCGUCAAUACUUUUAA